AUUUGUAGCAACUGGCGGUAUAUUUUCUCAGCAAGAUUUUAUCGAAAAAUGGAUACGUUAAGCUCAAAGAAGGCUCUGUACCUUCACAGAAUAAAAAGUACUAAAACUAAGAUCGACUUCGCUGACAUCAGCACUUUUGAUAUUGCUCCAACUCCCCCUAAGGAGCCAAAACCCGAAGCAAGAAAAUUGCACAGGCGUCACAGAAUCUGUGCUCAGAAAUUGAAUACAUACGAGGCAAAAUAUGAAUCUACAGAAGAAUCUGCGACACAGAUACCCAGGACAGAACAUGAUAAUGGAAGUGUUUCCAGUGAUUUACUCGCAGCUAGAGAUCCAGCUUUUCCCUGGUAUUGUCCAACACCAAGAACAGGAAACACAUCCUACAACAAGGAGGAAGAUACUAUUUAUGAACAUGACAAUGUUGUGAAAACCACUUUCGAAGGUCAACGAAAAAACACAUCUCUCAAUGAAGCAGUCAAUGCCAAUCCUAUAAGAUACCCAGCUCCUGGACCCAGAGAACAGUUGGCACCAAGUCCUUUUCCCGUUAACAAGAACAAACUGGCCCCUGUUGUGGACCCCAGAAAGAAUGUUGUAUCCAAACCACCCCGGAAAGGGCCUCGUCCGGUCAAGGCUAAACAUAUGCCCGUUUACAAAGAAAGUGUAAAGACCACUGCCACUGACCAGCCGACUAGAACUGCUCUGCCUGAACCGGUCAACAACCCUAACCCUAUAAGAUACCCAGCUCCUGGACCCAGAGAACAGUUGACACCAAGUCCUUUUCCUGUCAACAAGAACAAACUGGCCCCUUUGGUGGACCCUAGAAAAAAUACUGCUGUACCCAAAACUCCCCGGAAAGGUCCACGUCCGGUCAAAGCCAAGCACAUAUCUGUCUUCCAUGACAAUACAGAGUCCAGCAGUAUGCUGACACAGAUGUACGGUUGCAGAGAAAACUACGUAGCCGAUAGUGUGAUUCCGGUGAUGAAGAACAGCCGCCCCAUCAGAUACCCAUCCCCGGGACCCCGGGAACAGCUGCUGCCAAGCCCAUUCCCAGUCAACAAAAAAGGCCUACCCCCUCUCAUCAAACACGGAAGAGUUGUCGCCCCUAUGUGCGGAUAGAUCCAGCCACUACUCAAAAUACAGACUUUUAUGUAGACGUUGGGAAAAUCGCGUCAAAGUGCUUUGGAAUUGUUACAAAAUCUAUGAUACCUUCAAACAUAUAUAUGGUCUCCAACAUUUACACAUAUUUAUUUAUCCUGAUGUUUAUACGACUUCGACAAUUGCAUCAAUUUUAUCUCUCUAUAUCAAGUCUGUGAUUUACAAUUUUACCACACUGUUUACUUUAUACAUUAUCUAGUGCAAAAUAUUGACAUACUGUUGAUGAAACCAUCGUCGGUUUUAACGUGGAGCGUGGUUGGGGUUUGGAAGAUGUUCAUUGAGGAGCGUGAAUGGUGUUCAAUGUGUUGUUGAGAGUGUAAAUGUUCGAAAGGUGAUGAAUGAUAUAUUAUCGACAGAUGCAAAAUGGUUAUCUUUUACAUAUUUGGUAA